AUGGAAAGCCGCGGACGCAAAAUUGUCAUUCUCAUGGCGGCCGUUGUAUAUACAAUUGGGGCACUUUUGAUGGCCAUCAACUUUGGAUCUCUGGCAGAGCUUUUGACUGCGCGUGUUGUGUCCGGUAUAGGGUCAGGUAUUGCAUACUCCUCAGGCCCUGUAUACAUAACCGAGAUCGCUCCUACUGAGCUUUGCGGGAUGAUAUCUACGUUCUACAAUGCGGGAAUCAUGAGUGGCGUUGCUGGUGCCUACUGGAUAAAUCUUGCUGCCUCUGAAGUACUUCCGAUGUCUAGCAAUUGGCAGUGGCGAGUGGCCAUGAUACUCCAAAUGAUUCCUUCUACCAUUCUGAUUGUGGGAUGGCCAUUUUUCCCUGAAAGCCCUAGAUAUCUAAUGCGACGGGGAAAUGUCCGAGCUGCCAAGAACAGUCUGAUGAGACUUCGAGGUGGACUAGAUGAGAGUAACCCAUAUUUCUCCCACGAGUAUCAAGAUCUUCUCAGACAUGUCGAACCCGACACGCAAAGCAGCUGGCAAACCUUGAAGCAAUUCAUCCAGCAAUGUGUCCAAAAUCAGUCUACUCGAAAAAUACUUUUCUUCGUUCUUCUGAUACAGACAUUCUUCAUCAUGUCUGGCGGAAAUUCUAUCACAUACUAUGCACCUACGGUCUUAAAAUCAAUCGGGUUCGAUUCCGAGUUGGUUUUGCUUUUCACCGCGGUAUACGGCACAAUUAAAUUCAUAUCCGUCUUUUUCUAUGCUGUUUUCUUGACGGAAAGGUUUGGUCGCCGACCUCUCCUCUUAAUCGGUUCUGCCAUUAACCUUGCGUGCUUAGUCUAUCUUGCAGCGUAUCUCGGCAAAAACAACCCUUCCAAUGCAAUUAGUUCCAGUGAUGCUUCUCCCGCUGCCAUUGUUGCUGUAGUAGCAAUGUGCCUCUUCGCUAUUGGUUAUGGCUUUGGCUGGGCACCUACAUUUUCUCUCUCAGCUGCAGAGAUCUGUCCUACCAGAAUCCGUGGCUCGGUAGUAACAAUAGCAUUUCUUUAUCAGAAUUUGCUCAAUUUCAGAAUCACCCGUGGAUUUCCUAACAUGACUGAGUCAAUGCAUGCAUACGGCCCCUUUGCUUUAUUUGCAGCUUUUACCUUCUGUUCAACUGCAUGGGUCUUCUUCGCAUUCCCGGAAUGCAAGGGGCGAAAUAUGGAAAGUACUGAAGCGCUGUUUGAAAGACCUUGGUAUAAGAUUGGGCUUGCACCAGUUUCUCGUGACGACGAGAGUAAGGAAUUACAGGAAGAAGCAAAGGAAAUUUCAAGUCAACACAACGAGUACACCAACAAGGACGAACAGAAUAUUUGA